CUUGCGCACGCGCAGCGCUCACUUAUCCCCGCCCCUAGGUCAGACCCUCGGCGGCGCGAGGUAUAUAAAGGGCGGGGCCGGCGGGACGGGAUCCUGCGCGCGCACCCCGAGCACGAGGCACCCAGAGCGGAGACCGCGCGGCCACCCCGAGCCACCGACAGCCUUUCAGCAGCUUUUACCCAGCGUGCACCGCGCCCGAUCCCGCCAUCCAACACCAUGUCGUGGCACGACUACGUCCUCAACCUCAUGAGCGACAAGAACUGCCAGGACGCCGCCAUCGUGGGCUACAAGGGGACUCCCGGGGUGUGGGCGGCUCACCCGGGGGGCUGCCUCAGCAAGAUCACGGUGAGACCCCCAUUAUAAUAUAUAAUGUAUAAUAAUAACCCCGGGGGGGGGGGCUGCCUCAGCAAGAUCACGGUAAUCAUAUAACAUUAUACUAAAUAAUAUAAUAUAAUAAUAACCCCGGGGGGGGGGCUGCCUCAGCAAGAUCACGGUAACAGCAACCCUAUACUAUUAAUAAUAAUAUAGUAUAUAAUGUGUAAUAAUAACCCCCCAUUAUAAUAAUCAUAUAUAAUGUAUAAUAUAAUAACCCGGGGGGGGCUGCCUCAGCAAGAUCACGGUAAUCACAACCCCCCAUUAUAAUAAUAUAAUGUAUAAUAUAAUCACCCGGGGGGCUGCAUCAGCAAGAUCACGGUAAUAACCCCAUACUAUUAAUAAUAUAAUGUAUAAUAACUAGGGGGCUGCCUCAGCAAGAUCACGGUGAGACCUGCUUUAUAAUAUGGAGACCUACUGAUCUUACUACCUACCUCCUACAGCAAGAACUAUGUAAUAACCAGGGGUUGCUCAUCUGGAUCACAGUAAAGGACACCUACCUCAUACUGAGUACAUACUGUAUCCUCUCACUGCUACCUACUGAGCCAGGGUGACAUACAGCCAGCACGUAGUCUAUAGUCCAAGAUUAUAUUUAUGUAGCACAAUCAGAUUCCAUGAAUCCAACCAUUACUGUGUAAUCCAUGGAUAAUGUGUACCUAUGUCUUCAUACUGAGUCCUGUGAUAUAUGGAAUAAUUACCUAUCAUUACUAAAUACACGAUAUAGCCUAUAUCCACCCCAUCCAUUAUUACUAAAUACCCAAUAUGCUAUAUUUUAUUUAUAUAGUGCCAUCAGAUUCCAUAGCGCUGCUCCUUCCAUUAUUACUAAAUACUAAUAUAUCCUAUAGCAUAAUAAAAUAAUGGCAUCCUCUUAUAGGAUAUUGGGUAUUUAAUAGUAUAACCUUUGACUACAAAAUACCAAAUAUAUCCUAUAGCAACCUCUCCACUUAUUACAAAAUACACAAUAUACUAUAUAAACCUUUUCUAUUAAAUACCAAUAUAUCAAUCUCUCCCCUUGUUACUAAAUGCCCACUAUAUCCCAUCUAGCAUGAUGUAUGUGCGGGGACUUUCUGUAAUCUAUUCUAUAUUGAUCUCUAGCUCUGAAAUAUACCUUCCUCCAUAUCUUGUAUCUAUAUUUUCUCUAUGAAUCAUGUCUACCAAUAUAUAGCAUGGGUCUCUGCAUGUACAAGUUGGGUUGAGACUUGUCUAUAGAUAUGUGAAUUCCUAAUUUACUGAGCCUGGGGGCAGCAAGUGUUCCAUCACUGCACCUCUAUACUGUUAUCUGCUGCCCUGUUGGUCAUUUAUUCCUGAUUACUGUAAGGCAUUCUGUAUAUGUAUGUAGGUAUUAUCUGAUCUAUACCCACUAUGGUUCCAGCUGGAGGAGCUGACUCUGCAAACCCCUUCCAUAACUGGAUGAUUGCUGUAACAAUCAUAUAAUCUAUCAAUGUACCUCUCAAUGUGAUUCAUUUUAUUUAUUCACUGUCGCCUACCACUUCCUAUUAAGUAAGAUUAUUUAUACCCUUCUGCCCAAUCUACAACAGUAAUCCACAAGGGUGCAUGGUACCACAUCUGCCCUUGUCACAUUACACUGCCUCCCCCUCCCAUGAUAUAAACUCACUGGCUGCAUAGUCCUCUUACAGUGUAUAACCCACAUGGUGUGCAGCCUUGUACAGACCAUCACAACUUUGUAACCUGCCUGUGUUCCAGUAUGCCUUAAACUCCACGAUUUCAGGAAAUAUACUGUAAUGAGUGGUUAUAAUAUGAAACCUUUCCUGGACAGAAGGCAGAGUGUAGCUAUAUUUUCAUUGCUUUUAAGAAUAUUCUGCAUAGAACUAGCACAAAUCACCAACUUCAAUCACUCUGAUACAUGCAGCAUUCCUUCUAUACCCCUAUUGAAACCUGAAAGUGCUCUUAAUCUUCCAUGUUGGAUGUAUGUUUGCCGUUUCCUGCUGCAUAGUGCAAUACCUGGCACAUUAUACUUUGUAUAGAAUUCCCAGUUAUAUCUGCUGGAAUCUCUAGUUUCUCCUAUAGAGGUCUCUUAAAGUCCUAGAUCAGUGGACCUCUGUAAUCCCUACAUUCACUGUUUUCCCAUGUACCCACUGAACAGAACUAGGGUGUUGGGUCUGUUCACACAGGUAGAUCCAUUUGUUAUUCUCAAACUGGGCAGAUAUAACUUUCUCAUUCAUAGACCUGGUGCAAUACUGCAACGUGCAUAGAUUGGCUACUCUAAGCCAGGCUUGCCCAAACUCUGGCCCUCCAGAUGUUGCUGAUCUACAACUCCCAUGAUUCUAUGAGCUAUAUAUUGGUAGACAUGAUUCAUUAAGAGAAAGUAUAGAUACAAGUUCAGCAACAUCUGGAGGGCUAGAUUUUUGGGGAAGCCUGCAGCAUGGCUUCAGAAAUAGUAUAUCAAAGCAUGUAAGCUAGAAUAAAUCAUGGCCUGAAUACGGGCAGUCAUAAUAUCCAUCUAUAAAAUACACUUCCUAAAUAAGGAAAGAAACGUGCUAGAUGGGCUGGUGCUCUGGUCUUUAUUCCCCGGCUAUCUGUAGUGAGAUCUAUAAAGGAUUAGUGUCUGUAUAACUACAUGCAGGUUUGUGAGUCUCCAGGAGAAUGACUAGUAUACUGGGUGGACAUGGCACAAGUUAGGUCCUGUUACUACCAAAUCCAUUUAGUCUGUAUUGUAAACCAGGCCCUAUUGGCUGAUGGGACCAUCCCAAUCUGUAACACAUGUAUUUCAGGGUGUGCAUCACGUUGUGCUGGGAGCACACAGUGCUUCCAUGCUACGGAAUGGGUUUUAGUGUAUUUUCCUUUUUUGCAGAAUGAAUUCUAAUACAGCACUCAUGUGAUGCCAGACUUGCUAUGACUGCCAUGUAGGUAUCUAGCUAGGUGUCAAUACAUGCUGUAUAGCCAUGCCCGUUCAUUGAUUUCUUGCCAUGCAGCAGGCAUCUCAAACUUUGCUGAUCUUGAACUCCCAUGAUCCUCUGGCCAUCUGCAUUCAAAGUUGUGGCCAUUGUAUGCUAGCAUGGGUGGAGCUCAAGUGCUCUGGACAUUACUUCUUGGAGGCUCUGUAGAAACUCCUAGGACCAAGAUGGUGGAUGUCUUCUAGGGUGUGCCCCUGAGGGGACCUGAUAUCUUUAUUCUGAUCCCAUAGGGUCAGAACUAAAGCAACAGCCUCUGUAGUAAUGCUCUGUAUAGACUUAUAGUGCUAUGGUACCAGUUAAUCAUUAACAGGGAAAGCGCACUUCCUGGUCCAGAUCUAACAGGCACCCAGCAGCUUACUGCUCCCCAUUAAGUUGCGGUAUGCCCUUCCUGACAGUGCUGCUGCAUGUCUUUAUGCACAUAGCUGUAGGUAAGACAGGAAGUCCCCAGACAUGAAAACCAUAAGAGGAACAAGCCACUACAUGAAACCAACACUAAACUAGCUCAAGGCAGUGUUAAUUUCUCAGAUAACAGCAUGCUUUGACUACUGCUAAGCUUGAUGGGAGCUGCGGUUCUAGACAAACUCUUCUUGGCCACCUCUGGGGUACAAUGGCUUUGUAACAAUAUAGCAUCCUGCAGCUGAGCUGGCCCUGUUUAUAGCUGAGCACUGUUAAAUGCACUGAAUCUCUUCCAAGGGUGUGUGGUUUUUUUUGUGGUCUCAGAGUAAGCUACCCCUUGGAAAUGUCCCCCUCUGACUGUGGGCUAACCCAUUCAGACAUUAAAUGGCAUGCACCUUGUGGCAGGGGCUCUGAAUUUUCUUGAACACUGUACAGAGCGGUUCAGCCCAGGGAAUGUGGUGCUUGUUAUCGUCCAAUAUCUAUAGGUGUUUCUGGCCACAUCUGCAAGAACUGGCCUGGUGCUAAUGUUAAGUAAUCUAUAUAGCUUUCUGUGGGAUUUUACCAUAAAGGAACACUAGCAUUUGGCAUAAAAAAAAUACCAAUACUAGUGUUAUGCAAACUGUCCCAUGUGUAAAGCUUUUUACUUGCAGCUAAACCUUUGCUACAAUGUUCUCCAUAAGGCCUUCAUGGCUGAGAAUCUUGAUCUCCACCUAUCCAUCGCACAGAUGUAAAGUCACACGCUAUACCAAUCUCCAUCUCUUAAUAGAUGCAUUGAGUCCCUGAGAUGCUGAGUCUGUCCUGCAAUCUUUGCAGGUUUGAACCCAGGAAGUCCCUCUAGUGGCUGUAGUGACAGAUCUUAUAGAUGGUUAUAGGGAACUAUGUACCAUGCCUUUUCUCAGACAUGGCAAAACUUACAUGGACUGGAUAUAUGCCCCAGUAAAACUACAUUAUGAUCCUGUGAUUGGUGUCCCUUUUUAAUGACUGCAUCUGGCCUUGAAUAGCACAUGUCUUUGUGGCAUGUGCUGCAGGCAACAUGUCUUGGGCUAUGACCCAUCAUUCUUUAACAUGUGAUGCCAGGCUACAUACCCAGUCAUUUCCACCUUUGAAUAAGUGGAUUCAGGGAGCAGUGCCCAGCAAACUCCAGGUACAAUGUCAUACUGUGUGUAUAUAGUUUGACUUUAAGUGUAUGGCAUCAUAACCACUUCAGCGUGACUGGUGCUAGUGCGCCUUAAUAUUGAGGUAGGCUGGCUGAAUUUCCUGAGGAAUGGAGUGGGUGCCCAGGUAGUAUGUGUAUUUAAAGCCUUUGAGUGGCUCCCCUGGGCUCACUCUAGUGACUGCUCCUAAAUGUGUUCUUUACUGACUCCUAAAUCAGUCUUUUUGCUGUCUGCCACAAGACACAUACUUCCUAAACUUGGCUACUUUCAAGCCUCAGUGACUGUACUGCAUGUGGAUCAUACCUGCAGUAUCUUGGCAGUCAGUUUCUGGUGUAAAACUCUCUGCUCAGACCUGCUGCUUAAUGCUUCCUCCUCUGACAAUACCUCGCUUCCUGUUUCUGAUAAAAUGGAGGGAGCUCAGGGCACUCCCAGAGGAGGUGGGGAGAUGGCAAAGCAAAAAAAAAUCUGACUUCAGGCCUAAAAAGGAAACAUCUGAAAGGUCUUUUAUAUAUUUGGUUGUCAGCUCAGUCUGAUUAAUGAAGCACAGAUGUGCUGGAUUUUUCAUCAGCCCAGUAAGGGAGAUGUGGUUACAAAAUUCACAACUACUGUAACUCUGCAUGUUAAAGCUCUCCCUCCAGGCUAGAUCUGUGAUUCUUAUCAAGGGCAGGACUACGCACUGUAAGAAAUGGAAAGCAAACUGGCUCAUCCACUGAAGGUGGGGAGCUGCAGGUUAGUCAUAGCCUCCAGCUACAGAUAAACUGCCUGCUAGGUGAACUGCCCCAGGAGUGGCUACUUACACCUACAGUGGGAUUUACUAAUGUGAGAACCUCAGUUCUACACUAGCCUCAAACUUGUAUUUCACUUUGAAUUCCUGGCUCCCUUUGGGCAAUAUCCCUGCUUUUCUUCAUACAUUUUCUAGUAAACACUUGCUCUUUGUGUGUCGGGAAGUUCUGCUUGCCUCUCUAUAUACAUUCCUGAUUUGUGAAAUGUCUUUCAUACAGAACUAUGCUGAGAUCCUGGGAAUUGUCAAUCAGUAGGGUGGGUGUAUAUAUCUCUAUCCCUCAAUAAAGCAAACAACUAUGAUCCGGACUGCUGUAAAUAUAGCUUUAACUUAUUUUCUGAAUGUGUCUUUCCUCACAAAUGCCUGUGCAUCUGAGUUGGGUCCCAUCUAACUGCAGACCAGUUGGUUGUACUGAAGGUAAGGCAGCAUUGGCAAUCAGUGAUUUACUGUACAAUGCUUGUCACAAGUCAAGGCAUGCUCUAUGUUCAGGGGCAGUACAUGGUGGCUUACGGAAGCAGUGUACAAGAACUUGAUUCUACCACCCCUCAUUGACUGCUUCACCCCAAAACAGUUCUUGCAACUUGGCUAAUAUUUGGAUGGCACUCUGAGCCACCUUAAAGUCUACAAAGAUCUGCAUGGAUAAGUAAUGUUCUUUAGAGCACAACUUUAAAGGAACACUAUAGUGAAUACAUCUGUUGUAUUACAAACACUAAAGUGGCCCUCUGCCCCUGUGGCCUCCUUGUCCCAUCAGUGAAAUUCUGUGAAUUUGGAACGGUCACUUUUCUGAAACAGCGCUUCCUUAAAGGACCUCUAGACACCAGACCACUUAAGCUCAAUUAAGUGUUCUGGGUUCCAGGCCCCCCUAGUUUUAACCCUUCAGCUGAAAACCUAACAGUUUCAGAGAAACUGCUGUUUACACUGCAGGGUUAAUCCAGGCUCUAGUGGCUGUCUCCCUGACAGCCACUAGAGGCUGUCUCUGCAAUUUACAGAGUAAAUGGCACUUAUUUGACUCUGGACGUCCUGAGUCCAGCAUUGAGUAAUGUUUGCAUUCGGCUCCACUGGGAAGCUGACAUCGAUGGAGGGGUCACUGGUGCUGGAUUAAGGUAUGCAAAUAAAUGGUUGGUUACAGGUAGGGCUCUAUUGCAUUAGGAAUGCAUAUUUGUAUUCCUAACGCUAUAAUCCUUUAAUGCUCUCCCAGCAAUGCAUAAAACACAUGCUGCAGCCUCAGUAUGCAUCCUUAUACCAGCCCAUGAUAUUGAUGUGCACAAGGAAUCUGCUUGGGAAUUGCUGUAUCAUGUGUUUAAACUAACCUGCAUUGUGUACUCUGGAUGUGGCAGCACAAGUGUUUAAAUAAAAUAAACUAGCUAAUGGUGACUUGUCUGUUCCCAUUCACCUGUGUAAUUCUGCUGCUCCAGCCCUCCCCAAUGCCUAGAAUUUAGACUCUAGUGACAGCUGGGGUAGACUGAUGGGUGGGGGUCUGUCUGGGCAUUCUAGCACAAAUGGCUGGAGGUUUUUCUAAAACAGUCUUUGAAGGCACAAGCUGGCAUACAUUGUACAUGGUGUAUACAUACCCUGCAUUAUAGGUUGGGAUUCUCAGUAAAUAGCCAUUCUAAAGUUGCCCUAUAAUGGUUUCGUUUUUGAAGAUUUAUAAAAUGUGGGUGCCUUCCACUGGUAUCCAUGGUGAUUGUGCUGCUUUCUGCACACUGCUAGAAAGACUAGUACAACAAUACAGGCAAUGCUCAAUCUGAAUAGCUCUGGCAGAGCUGGUAAUGGCCCAUGUUGUCUACCUGAAUAGAUUCAAACCUAGAAUGUGACAGCAGAUAAGAACCAUUCGGCCCAAUUUUCUAAAGACACUCACUAGUACCUAGCCUUAGGCCUAUACCAUGCAUGCUUUGGGUUGAUUGCCUAUACCAUCAAUGCAUGUAGUUCCUAUUGUAUUUAGUGCUAGGCAGUUUACUCCAUGUACCCUAUUGCCACCAGGUUUGCAUGCACUGAUCCUCUCAGUGGCUAACAGUUUUCACUAUCCCCACUGUCUCCCAACUUAAAGCUCUCUGGCUGGUAUUUCAGUAGAAACGCAGAAGUAUUGUGUAAAUGAUAAAAAUUACUGCAUGAUGACACUUCAUUACAUGAAAGAGGAAGUAUCAUUUGGGUACAGGAACAAACACUGAAUAAUGGCCUUGGUGCCCCUGUUGUGGUUACCUCUGGGCAACUGUAAGGCUGUUCAAUGUGCCAAACCAUGCCUUACACACAACACUCUGGCUGUCAGGAUUGCAGCACCAAUCCUGGGCAGUUAGACUGCAGCACCAAUCCUGGGCAGUUAGACUGCAGCACCAAUCCUGGGCAGUUAGACUGCAGCACCAAUCCUGGGCAGUUAGACUGCAGCACCAAUCCUGGGCAGUUAGACUGAUUACAUUAUUCAAAGUGCUGCUUGAUUUACCAAUCUCAGUCCACUAGAACAGUAAACCACAUGUUCCUCUCCCGAUGCUCCUGGAAGGCUGCCUCUUAGCUUGUGAUUAGAGUCCACCAGGACAGACUAGUGUUUCAGUGUAAGCCAUGGCCUGCCAUAAUGACUGUACUGAGGGAGCUUGCCUCCACUCCCUCUGACUGUAUGUUAGUCACCUAACAGCCAGCUAUAAAACAUGUUAACUCGGUUACUAUUUGUUAUAUAGGACAGAAUUUAGCAAUGUAGUAAGCUUUCCCUUAAAGGAACAAUUCAAGCAUGUAACACUACAUAUAGUGCAUUGCAGGGGUUCUGGGGAACACUGGUGUCUUCACUGUAGUUACUCCUACAUUGGGUCAGCUAGUGGCCUCCACUGACUGCUGAGCUAAGCACUGCAGGGCCAGAUAUAAAUGGCUAAGCUUCAGUUUGGCUCACUGGCCGACCUCAGGUAAGUGCAACAAACUCAUCGGCCAAGUCAAACUGAUUGAAAAUGCUUUGACCAAUACAAAUCAGGAAGGGUGGUUACACCCUAACAUCAGUUUGUUUUUAUGGUGCUUGGCAUGUUUAGCCCUUGGCACAUGCUAAAGUAGCUGGUCUAAUGACUUACUGCAUUCAAUACUCUUGUAACUAUGUCAAGGCUUGGCCAGAAAUGGAAGGGUACCCUGCAUGGCAUGGGCCAGCUGGACUCUCCACUAGUAUAGACUAGUCUUCCAUCACCCAUGUGGUGUCUAGGCUAGAUCUAUCAGAGCAGUCAUUUCCAAUCUAACUUUAUGCAGGUGUUUGUGGCUUCCUCUAUAAUCACAAAGUGGAGAGUUGUCUAUAGCCUGGCACACGGACUACCCCAGGCAGUAGUCUUGUUCUAGACUAAAGAAUUUAUUGUGUUGUGGUAGGUCUAUUAGUUGGUAGCACACAGUAUGUUGGGUUUAGUGUGCUGCUACCCGUGCUUGGGAGGAACGUUCAGCAGUACAGUGCUGCUAGCCGUGCUUGGGAGGAACGUUCAGCAGUACAGUGCUGCUAGCCGUGCUUGGGAGGAACGUUCAGCAGUACAGUGCUGCUAGCCGUGCUUGGGAGGAACGUUCAGUUGUGUGCAGCUAGCCGUGCUUGGGAGGAACGUUCAGCAGUACAGUGCGGCUAGCCGUGCUUGGGAGGAACGUUCAGCAGUACAGUGCGGCUAGCCGUGCUUGGGAGGAACGUUCAGUUGUGUGCAGCUAGCCGUGCUUGGGAGGAACAUUCAGCAGUACAGUGCGGCUAGCCGUGCUUGGGAGGAACGUUCAGCAGUAUAGUGCGGCUAGCCGUGCUUGGGAGGAACGUUCAGCAGUACAGUGCGGCUAGCCGUGCUUGGGAGGAACGUUCAGCAGUACAGUACGGUAUUGCCGUGCUUGGGAGGAACGUUCAGUUGUGUGCAGCUAGCCAUGCUUGGGAGGAACGUUCAGCAGUACAGUGCGGCUAGCCGUGCUUGGGAGGAACGUUCAGUUGUGUGCAGCUAGCCAUGCUUGGGAGGAACGUUCAGGAGUACAGUGCGGCUAGCCGUGCUUGGGAGGAACAUUCAGCAGUACAGUGCGGCUAGCCGUGCUUGGGAGGAACAUUCAGCAGUACAGUGCGGCUAGCCGUGCUUGGGAGGAACGUUCAGCAGUACAGCGUUGAACCAGGGAGAGCAUGCAACAUGCUAUGAACUUCAUAUUCACAUGCUGCUUCUUAUGGCCACCCUGACUGCAGAGAUCUGGCUUUCUUAAUUCUUUAAUCAGGACUGUUCUGUAUCAUGGAGACAGACUUCCACAAUCUAAAAAUAUUGUACCUUACUAUUUGUUUUAAUUCCUAGUGUUGAGAUGUGCCCAUAGAUUGUAUGCCUUCCCCUCCCUAACUUGGUCAGUGGGCAGUGCCCUGUUGGUCUGCAGCUGAUAUCCUGGGUUGAUCUCAUGUUGUGGUUACAGAUAUGCCAGCUGCAGGCUGUAACAAGCUGUGUGCUGAUUCAUGGUUUGUCCUGCAUGACUUGGAGCUCUGUACUCUCACUGAGGUCAUACAGUGAGUCACAGCCACACCUGUCCAGGAGUUAAAACAUGGCGUGGAACAGGGUUUCUAGAAAAAAUCCUUGACUAAGGAUCAUGGGAGAUAUAGGUAGAAACUGUCAGGGAGCUUAUACAAUUUGCCAAUAUUAAUGUACAUUGUAGGCUCAUUGAUCUGUGAUCCAUAAGAUUUAAAAUGGGUGCUAUUUGGGGGGGAGGGUGCUUGCCUGCCACUUGAAUGCUUUCAGAACAUGGUUAGAAAGCACUCUUACCCAUAAUGUGUGGGGCCUGCUCCUGCAUGAUCCAUACAGGAUGGCUGAACUUGCUCACAGCUGGGCCCUGCCAUGACUUGUCAGGAGCAUUCUAAGGGAAAGCUGAGGGCUAUGUACAUGCUCAUCAUUCCUGACAUGAUGGGGCAGGAUCCUUGCUUCUGCUGAGCAUCAUACUCCAUAUCCACCGCUGAUGGAAAUGCAAGCUAUGACAGCAGGCCUGUUGGCAGCACAUGCUAAAGUGUCACCAUUUACCAUCUUCAGUUACUUCAUGCACAUCUUUUAAAUCAUCCCUGUGGCUGUCCUAGCAAGCUGUGUGUAUAGCUGCAUUAUCAUGAGAUCAUUGCUAGAAUCAGUACAUACUGAGGCCUCUUCAGAGUUGACACAUUGCUGUCAUUUAUUGAAGGCAGUCUCUGAUCCAGUCUGGUAUUUUAAUAUGGUGGCUGUAUAGGGAAAAUCUAGUCUAAGGUGCUGCUGCCAUCCACUUGUAAGAUGGCUGCCUAUUGCAGCAUGUCUUAUACAGGCUGUCUGGCUUCCUGAUCCACCCUUACAUGGCUAAGACUUGCAUGUUUGGCUUCCUGUGCUGGGAGGAGGAAUAGGAAAUGGCAUGUUUUCUGGGUAACCAGUGACUCAGGCAAUCCAGUUAUUACAGAAUCCUUUCUAGGACCACAGCAUGUCAGUCUGAUCAGUAACUUUCUCAAUAUAUGGCACCCAGAGAGUUAAACAGUCUAGCCUAGUUAUGUUUGUAUGUUAAGCUUUCUGGGCAAACUGUAAUUUUCCUAUAGAUUUAAUGACACUAUUUGAUGCCCUACCAGAAAUUAUAGUUUUGCAUGUGAACAGCCUCCCUAAUGAUUCGUAAAUGGCCAGCAGCAUUCUGCAGACUUCACAUGAGAUGCAGAGCUUGCACUCUAUAUAAGAGUUGGCUGUUAAGCAGUCUCAUAGCAAGGGUUAGAACAUGUCUCUUGGCAUACAGGUGUACCUGUAUAACCCUCUAUGCUAACUGGGGAGACUGCAAAUGGGACAUGCUGUGGCUGCUCUAAUUAUCUUUAGUGUGUAUUUCACACCUUCCUAGAUGUAGGAAAUGCCAGAUCUUGGUCUCUUCACAUGUAAAGGUACUACUAGCAGUCUGACACCACGGGGGUGCCAGCUUGGAAGCUUUCUAAAGAGGGAUUGGUGUUAACCCAAACUACCUGCUGGGUGGUAGAAGUGGUGAGGCAAUCUCUCAAAUCAUUCAUCAUGCGAGUACACAACACACACAGCCAGGGCCUUGUAACAGGCUGUCAUUCCUAUCUUUUUAGCUGUAUGAAGGCUUGCCGCAGUGAUGUGUAGAUAACUGAACUAAUGUAAUAAAUGCUGAUUCCUCUUCUCUCCCACAGCCAGCAGAGAUCAAGAACAUAACUUCAGAUGACCGAUCUGGUCUGUUUGUUAGCGGUGUGACGCUUGGUGGGAUGAGGUGUUCUGUCAUCCGGGACCAGUUUGGCGACCCAGACGUUUGUGUCAUGGAUUUAAAAACCAAGAACCCAGAUGGACCAUCAUAUGCUGUAGUUAUUGCCAAAGCCUUACAAGGUACAGACAUGUUUCUCUCCAUGUAAAUGUGGACUCUGGCCUGACUGCCCUGGCACAAGUUAACACUAUUUUCUCUUCUCUGCAGUUGUCGUCAUAUUGGUCGGGAUUGAAGGUGUCCACUGUGGGGCCCUGUAUCCUACAGCACACGAGAUGGCCAAGUACCUAAAAUCAUUAAGUUUCUGACUCCCCUCCUCCCCCUCCAUUACUACUGAUUCAGUCGCCUGUUCCAGCUGCCAACAUUGGACCAAUCCACUGAUUUCCCUCCCAUCUUUAUUUCCUUUUUUUAUCACCUGUUAUGUUUUUGCUGCCCUGGUCAUCGAAAUGAACAGAAUUUUUCAGGGAAAAACAAAUUUAUAUCUGAUUUAAGAAUAAAAAAGUAUGCUGUAUUAAGGUCUCUAAUGUAUGUGUGCCUGAAAUUCAAAUAAGUUUUCCCUCCUGUCUCUUUACUGGGAACACUCUGCCCCACCCUAGGCUGCAGUGUAACCUCUGCCCCAUUGUAACAUCUUAUCAGCUCACAACACAUAUUUAGUUUGUGGGUUAGUCUGUAGCAGGAUAUUCCAAACAUCAGUCUUACCCUUGGGCAUCAACAGUCCUGAAGGGAAACUUUUUACCGCAGUUGAAAUUGCAAUGUUUUGUAUUGUAACAUGCAUGCUCAAGGCUGGGCUCCCAUAGAUCAUUAAAGAUUUUCUUUUUCAGGGUUGUAGUAGACUGCUAAUUGGAGUCAGACUGAUGGUAACCCUCGCCUCUACUAAACCUCCUGCUCUUGAAUUGCUGCUUAAUGCGCUGUUGAAAUGAGCCAAGUAACUUCUGUUGUAUGAUGCCAUAAACUGCUUCGAGGUUAGAGUUACAAAGAACAAUGACAAUUUCACUUAUUUGAAGUGGUUAUGGUGUGAAUGUGCAGCACUUGACAUCUCUGCUACAUCACUGGAGUGUCAAAGCCAGCUGGAAACAAGAAUUCCAGGCUGGCUGUCUUGUGCUUAUUCAUGUAGUCUGCUGAAGCCAGGUGUCCCCACUGGGAGCUCUUAAGCACCCAGCAAAGAGUAAACUAUUUAACCAUUACUGGUAGCAGUGACACCAGGUGUGGCCCAAGCUAACAGCAGGUUGGGUGGUGCUGGUAUGGUUAAAGCAAAUUCACAUUGCCUGUACUAACUUACUGUAGUGACAGCAUGGGGCAAUGCAGGUACAGAAAACAGUCCAUGUAAAGUAGGGUUAGGUGCCAUCUUGCAAGACUUGAAUGGUUGGCUUGACUUGCAGCAGUCACUCUUUUCCUCAUAUGUUUAACACCUGGUUAUAAAAACAAUCAGGGGUUUUAACUUCAUGAAAAUAGUUGGUAUUCAAUUUUCAUGUCAAUUUUGGGCUAAAACAAAUGACAGUAAACACAAACCGGUUAAUAUAACCACCUAGUAUUGCUGCUUUGAUUACACCAUGGUCAUUAAAUCUGUUUAUGUAGCCUUGGCUGAGACUCUCUCAUAGCCUCUCUACACACUUCCUGAACAUCUACUUUUUCAAGCUUGCCUGAUUGCAAAGCUUUUAACAAUGUUGUAAGAUCUGAUGGGGAACUUCCCUAUGUAGGCUGAGACUUGAUCAGGUGAGGUGUGCAGCAUAAACUCCCAAAUGGAGUAGAAUGAGCAGUAUAUCUAGAGACAUUGUCUAAACACCAUAGCAGCGUCACUAAAUUAGCUUCUGGUGCUUACAUGGUCUCCGGUCAAUUUGAAGGUGUGUUGAAAGUCUCCUUGCAGCUAGCUUUCAAGAUGGAUACAGGAGUCUGCUAAAAGAAAAGCAGAACUUAAUAUUUCAGAUUGGGUCAAAGUACAUAUCUCACUAGUUGGUUAACAGGCAAUUGGGAAAUAACUGGUCCUUCAGAUACAUAGUGUGUCUCACUGAUAGUGGGAGAAUAGAUGAACUAUAUAAAAUACAGAGAUGACAACUCACUGAUGUGAGUGCUGGGGAAAGUUUCUGUAUCCAUAGUCAGGAAGGUAUAAAUAAGGCUAGCAAAGUAUAAUGGAUCUAGGUUUUGGCUAACCUACUACUAACCCCUUAACAUGCAAUUGUAAACAAACCCUGUCUGUUCAAACAUAAUUUUACAUAUUAAAGCGGCACUCUCAGGCCGAACUUACCUUUCUUCAAUCUCUUCCUCUUCUCACCCUCUCUCAGGAUCUGUUCAUUUCUUCCUGUCUUUAGUUUUAUUUAAAAGCAUAAGACAAAGUAGGGACUCGUUGCCUUAUGGAGGUUUCCUCCGCUUGACCAGCGGAGGAGCAAAGUGUGCGUUGUUUCUGCUGGUCAGAGCAAUUUUCCCAUAAUUCUUACCUUUCCUCCCUGUUCCCAUGAUGCUUCCUGUCGGUAUUGCCGAACGUCCUGUCACUUAGACAGAAUGCCGGCAAAAAAUGCCGAAUUGCAUCCUAACACAAUGAGAACAGUUUCUCCAUUAGUGUUUAGGAUGCAAUUUGGGACUUUGUUUGGAUUGCAAUUUCACUUGAUCAGGCUGCUCACUGUUUAGUGGACAUGCCCCUACUUGCGUUAUAGCAAGUAGGGGCAUUGGGGAGAUUUUAAUCUCACUUAUGCUAUUAUGGGUCUUAUGAAGUGGCGGGGAGCACUACUCCCUGACGUUUCUAGUUUUACAUAUUACAAGUGUUUGUUCGUCUGACACUUCUAUUCAUUCUGCUUUCUGACGAAUGAAUAGAUGAAAUUCCCGUUUGCAUGUCCAGGUGUUUAACUGGACAUGUGCAGGUUUCUCAGUCUGUCUAGUGUGGGCAGAUGUGUCCCACAGGGACUUCAUCUACCCACACAAAGAAGGUGGCGCCCUGAAUAUAGAUCGGGGCAGAAAAUAAAGAUUAAAAAAUAGGUAAUAUGGGGGGCAUUUGGGGGUGACGGGUCAAUUAGAGAGUGGAGGGGGGUUAAAAAAAUGGGAUUCGGGGGCGGGGCCCGGCCGCCAAGCUGGAUGGACGUGGAGCACCUCGGCUCCCUGGUGAAACCUGAUAACCAGCCUCAAACUACCCCUUCUUACGUCCAUAACCCCAUGCCGCUACCAGAAGACAUGGGGAACCCAAGCAGCAACCUCCGGUACAAUUAUCAGCUCCCGUCCUGCCGGAGGCACCGACUGAUGGGCAGAUGGGUUUGCGGCCUGCUGUGAGGCUCUGGCGGGAGAAAUGGCCGAUCUCCCGUGCUUAGUCCGGCGGGACCUCUCCCACGCCUACUGAGGGCCCCGUUCUCCCCCCCUAUGGGCCGGUGGGGGUUAUCCCGGUCCCCACCAGGGACGCAGUGAUCAAUAAUAGCAUCUGGGCAGUGAAGAAAGCAGCCUGGGACCGCAUGGCAAAAACCAAGAUGGCCGCCGCGUCUACCACAAGCUGGUGAGCUGGGGCUGUAGCAACUGAGCAACUGCUGGGUACCAUCUGAAGCCGGUGCCGAUCAGACAACUGCACGCUGGCAACAAGCCGCAGACAAACAAAGCAAUCUCCGUGUCCACCCUGACCAUCGGACAACUCCAAUGGUAACAACUCACCACGCAAACAGAGAAUAAUUUCGGCUCGCUACAGAGAGCAUCGUCCACACCACCUGAGGUAUCGCCCCCCCCCACCCACUGUCACUGGUGUGUCUGUGUGGACUGUUUCAGGACUCUGAACCUAACUAUACCUGUGGGGAUGAUGGACAUGGGGCGCGGGCUCUACUCUCUGCCUGGGGUUGGUGCCAGCAGUCACACAGGACCGGACACAUCCAUAACAUGAGCUACACCAGACCCGAUCCCAGCUAAGACACCGGCCGAUCCAGCACAGCCACAGGAGCGACUAGGUGGACGCCUACCACAUUUGCCCAUGUUUGCACCCAACUAUUGUAUAUUCUUUAUUUUAUUAUCUCAUUAAUAACUUCAUUCUGUGUUUAAUGUAGAUGUUAACUCUGCAGCUCCCCACUGACAGCGCCUAGGCCUCCUAAGCCUGCACAUAUACCCUCCCUGGCAAGCCCAGUGCCCCAAGGUCCCUUGGUGGUUAAACCACGCCAUGUAAUUACACGUUAGUACGUACCUACGCUUAAUCUAUGUCGGACCUGUCCAACCUGGCUAGUCGGUCACAAACCCAGAAAGUGGCAUCACAUGACACUUGAUUUAGCACACUUGAAAAUCCCAGGGGGCAGGGAGUUUAACCCAGUUCCCCUAAUAUCAUCUACACAGCGAGUGUCAACCAGAGGAAUCUUAGCAUGUCCAUUUAACUACUACUGUCUCACAUAGCCAUGUCUGACUAGCCACGCAGGUCACCACACUAACUGUACACAUCUCUCGUGACAUCUAUUAGGCUAACCCAUGUCUAUGCUACCCUGUUUUGCCUAACACUUGUUUGAAUGCCUUGACAACUUCUCUGCUAAGCUGGUUUAAUUUCUUUUGCAUAAACAAAAAAAAAAAGCGCAACAAAUCACCUUUACCACUAUGUCACCGUAUUAACUCAUGUAACCUGUUAAAUGUCAUAACCUCACAAUGUAUCUGACAAUGCGCUUCAAAAAUAAAGAUAUAUAAAAAAAAAAAAAAAAUGGGAUACAGCCAUGACAGUGCCGUUUUAAGUGUACCCACACUUGGUGGUUCAGGAGAAACCGGCCAUUCAUUUAUAUGAAACCUUAAAGUAAAAUCUUACGUCUGAGAAAUUAUGAAAUUUGAUUUAUCCCUUCAGAUUAGAGGCAGUGCAUUAUGACAGGGAUUCCUAAUCUGAAAGGGAAAGACAGGCUGACCCAACUUUUUUUUUUGGGAACCUCCCCAAAUAUCAUUUGGCACGAAAGUGUCUUCAACCCAAAGCUCCCGAGUUCUUUGCCUGCCUCCAGCAGAUGAGGGUGGUGCAGCUCAGAAGGCGGUUUCAGGUUAGCCUCAGGAUUGCCAGCACUUCAGGCUCCAGACUGGUGGAACGCACACUGGGCGCAUGCAUUCCAAUACGUCUGCCAAUACUGUGCCGUGUAAGGCGAAUGUGCACACAGGCUCGGAGGUCUUGGCGGUGGAACACACAUACAGGUUACAUGCGUUCCAUCGUGGAUUUGAGGUGCGCAUGCACAAGAUUUCAGAAUUCAGGUGCCAAAAUGUAAAAUUUUUGUUUUGUUUUUUUGGAGUAGGUUUUCCAGAACCUUUGAAGGCUAUAUAACCCAGCAGCAACUGUUUGGUAGGUGCACUGAGAAUCUGUUGCAAGUGUGUUCUCACCUUCCCUCCGGCCACACUUUGAGGUCAUUAAGAAUUCUAUCCAUUUUGGAUAUUCAUCCUCAGAGGUUCCUCCACCUAAAUCCAUUAAAGCGCAUAACCUUUUUCCUGAAGAUUAGAGACAGUGCACGCUUUCACCCACCCCUUAAUUUAUUUUUGCAGUUAUCCGGCUUUUGUAUUUUCUGGGGAGCUUUGGAGUUGAAGGCACUUUAUAGUGCCAAAGGAGAUUCUAAAACACUUUUGGGGUUUGCCUGCCUUAUUUUCCCAUCCAUUAGAAAUCCCUGUAAUGCACGGACUCUAAUCUUCAGGAAAAAAGAUUGUUUCCCAAGUUCUACAUGGCAUAACUGUAAAUGCUACAAUCCUGUUUGCUUUUACUGCAAUAGAACACUAGAAUUGUUUAGUGAUGUUUCACUAGUACAGUAGCCUCUAUGUACAGGUUUUAUGAUGGUGUUUUUACACAUUGCAGCUUGCACGAUUGGUUUGCUGGGCCUACGUUGUCUUUGAGACUGUAUGGUAGCCCUGAAAUGACUUGUGCAUCAUACCAUUUGCAAAACUAGACAACCAAAAUUUAAAAUGGUCUUUUGUAGUAGUCAACCAGACCAUAGUUCGUGUUAUGGGGAGGGAUGGAGUGAGAGAGAACCCGGGAGCCCCUCUGGGUCCUACUCUCGCGAGCAUGGAGCGUUGCCGCGGUUACCACGGCAACGCUCCAAAUCUAUGGGCUAGAGUUCACCUCACCACCACUGGGUCCACCAGGGUUGGAGAAAUGUCCCCCCUCCUCCAAAUAAAGGUAAGAAGGGAGGGGGGACGUAAAUGUAUUUAAUUUUAUAAAUUCUUUUUAUAUCAAUCUGUCUACUAAUGUCUACAAUUUGUCUACAAAUAUGAAAAUUUGACAAAGUGAUCUUCUGGCCUUAACGUGAACGGGUAAGGCCAAACUCAGGGGAAUACAGAAGUCAGAGGAGUUAGUAAAUGCAGUCAACAAAGAGUAGUCAGGACAAGCUGAGGUCAUCAAUCCAGAAAACAAACUGACAAUGUACCAUACAGAGUGAGUAGUUAGGCUCUGUAUGGUAGGCUUUGUAGCAACUUAAUGCAGAGGGCAGUAAUAUCUAGAGUCCCUUGAACUUCAUUUAGCAAUUUCCCUGGGGUGACCUUUCGUAGCGCAUGUAGGAUUCGUAAAGUUAAAAGUUUGAACAUUUGUUUCCAAAGGGGAGGAUUGGGGUCCUGGGCAAAUUAAGUAUCAGACAUCAUUUUCACCAUAAACUCUAGAAAUGUGUAUGGUCUACCUAUAGCGUUUUUGUAAAGCGCAUGAGUUGAAAACAUUUCUUAGAUUGCAAUUUUGUUGUACCAUAUCCUACUGUUUCUGUUCAUCAGAUAAAGCUAUAUACAGUUGUCUGCCACGUAUAGACUACCCCGACUGUACUUUUGUCAUGCAUUGUAGACCGUGUGUAUACAUCCUUCAUAUCUGUGAAGUGAAGGCCAAGCACAUCAUCAUGGUGGAAAACUGAAUAGAAGCUUCUGC